UUUUUCUUCUUUUUUUAUGGGCGGUGGCCACCCCUCCCUUUUUAUUCGCCUAUCCAGUAGGUUAUUAGUCGGCGCGUUUGUUUCAACUUUUUCCAUCUCUACACCAAAAUGCAUGUUUCCCAUCAUCAUCGGUUACUCGUUUAUUUGGAAACAUUCAACUCCCUUCGGUUUCUCAUUCCAACCUAUUCUUGCAUUGGUCUUCCUCUUUGACUGUUUGAUGAAUCUCGGAUAACUGUUACAUUGUCAAAACGCCAACAAUAUUUUUGUCAAAAGGAAUAAAAACCCAGACCACGGCAGACGCGUCACUUUUGAUUCGACGAUCACUGCUUCUUCCGUGAAUUUCACCGAUUUUGUUUGUGGGUUCAUCGGGUGAUCGUUGAUCAGGAGGAUUGCAGUUGAUUUGUCUGGGGUGCCGAAGUAGUUGUUUGAUUAGUUCUGCUGGUGGAUGGAUGGCUGCAAGAGUCAUUUCACCUAUUGAAUCACAGAGAGUUUCCAACAGUUCCAAAAUGUCUUUGGCAUCGGCUGCUCGCGAGUGGUUACUCAUCUUUAUGCUGUUUAUUGAUGCAAUUUUCUCAUACGUGGUCACAACAUUUGCCCGUUAUUCCAAAUUGCCAGUUCCUUGCUUGCUAUGCUCUAGACUUGAUCAUGUUUUGGGCAAUGAGAAACUCGGUUUUUGUUGGGAUUUGAUGUGCAGAAAACAUAAGUUGGAGAUUUCAUCUUUGGUCCUUUGUCAUGUGCACAAUAAACUUGUUGAUGUUCAGGGACUAUGUGAAAGCUGUCUCUUCUCAUUUGCCACAAUAAAUAAAUCAAACUCGGAAACAUAUAGAUUAUUGGUGGGUAAAAUAGGGACAGAUCCUCAUCCUCAUCCUGAGCUUGAUCUGGAUCCAUUACUCGAGGAUCAUGAGCUUGGUGAUUCAAGCACGAGGGAUUGUUCUUGUUGCAAUAAGCCUUAUAGUUUGAGAAGUCAUGGGAAUAAGUUGCUCCAUUAUAAGUCGAUUGGGUCAGAGGUUGAUGAACUUGACAUGCCCUUUUCAGUUGCUACAAAACAUAACAGCGAGGUCCUGACAAAAGGGUCACUUGGAGAUUCACAUGUGGGAACAAAGAGUUCUGAUGAUUUACAGUAUGUUAAAGUGAAGGUUACUUCUGAUACCGAAUCAGAAGUCCCAUUUUUUGAUGAUGAAGUUGAUGGUACUGCUCUAAUUCGCGAAACCAUUGAUCUCAAGGAAGAACUCACUCUUCAAUGUGUUCAGAUGGAGCCUUGCUCUAUUACUCUAGCUGAUGAUUUAACCUCAAAGAAACUGAUACAUCUAGAUUCCUCGCCUGAGCUUUCACUUCUAGAUUCAAAGGUGCAGCUUGAGUCUUUUCCAUCUACUGCAGCAAUUGGGCAUGGGUUAGAUGAAUUCACCUGGCCACAAGUUGAACCCAACGAUGCCCGGGAAAUUAUAGUGGAGGAAAAAUAUUCCAAAGAGAUCUCUGAGGCAGGAAGGCAGCCUGUUACAAGAAGUCCAAAGAUUUUGGAAAUAAACCCUGUUCUAGGUGAUGGUAAUUCACAGAUGCCUAAUAACUUGGAGCUUGGCGAUGCUUAUAAGCUAGCUAUUGGCAAUGGAGGAAGACAAUUGUCUGGAAGGCAUUUAGAGCAAAGACAGUUGUCUGGAAAGCUCUUAGAGCAAAUAUCUGCGAAAGAUUCUUCAAAAGUUAGCGAAGAUAUGAAGCUCUUGCUGUUGCAAAUAUCAUCUACCCGAGGAAUUGAAUUACCUUCAAAUGACACGACUCCAAAAGUAUCUGGAAAUGGUGAUGAAGUCAAAUAUGAUUUUUGUAGCUCUAUUGGGAUGCAUAUGCUUCAGAAAAGAAUGUCCCUUGAGAGAAAUGAGUCUGGUUUAUCUCAAGAUGGGAGUAUUCUCAGUGAAAUAGAAGGUGAAACUGAGGUGGAUCGGUUGAAACGACAGGUGGAGCACGACAAGAAGAUAAUGGCUUCCUUGUACAAGGAGUUAGAGGAAGAGAGAAACGCAUCUGCAGUCGCUGUGAAUCAAGCAAUGGCCAUGAUCACAAAACUACAGGAGGAGAAGGCAACAUUCCAUAUGGAAGCCUUGCAGUGCCUUAGAAUGAUGGAAGAGCAAGCUGAGUACGAUGUGGAAGCACUGCAAAAGGCAAAUAAUCUUCUUGCGGAGAAGGAGAAAGAGGUACAAGAUCUAGAAGCUGAGCUUGAAUCAUACAGGGUUAACAUUGUGGAUUCAUCAACAUUGGAGAAUGAAGUGGAGUCAAGUUGUGAUUUGAAGGCAGGAGACGUGAGAGCAGAGCAUUCAGAUGCACGUGGUUUUGAAAACAGUGCAACUGUUCAGAGAGAUGAGGAACUUAAGGCUCAUUCAGGGAAUCAGGGGUUAUCUUCUCUCCCGUGAGAACUAUCAAGGACUGUGAUACAAGGGGUCAAUAUUUUCUGUUGGGGCUUUACCACAUUCCCUUACCUGGUAACUUCUCUUUCACAUUCUAUUUGUCUGAAUUCUCGGUAAUCAUUUUGUCAGCAUGUUUAUGGAUCGAACUUAUUUUGUGCUAAUUAUCCAAAAAUGACCCUCUGCCAAUGAUGGAAUCUUCCCUUUAGAUGAUCUUUUAAAUAUAUUCUCUUUGGAAUGUGGCCAAUUGUGCCUCUCCCGCAUAAAUGUAGUGUCUUAAAAUAUGAAGUUUCUAAAAUAUGUUGUUUGCCAUCUAAAGAAGGCCCAUUGAUUAUCCAUGAAAUAUUUACUCUACCAUCUCUUGGUGUGGUUUUCUUGCUCAGCACUCUCGGUUUAGUUAUAAUAGAAGAUCCUAAUGAAUAGGUAGCUUUUUCUUGUAAAAUCGAAACUUUAUCUCCUAAAGUUAUGCUGGAAGAGUAGCAUUGAAGAUUUUAAAGAGCCAAAGCUGCAUUUCAGCCAUUUCAGUGUACAUUUCCGUUUUUUUUAUGUUCAUACGAACAGCCAAGUAAGUGGAAGUAGGGACCCAUGGUAUGUUUCACAAGAACAUUUGCUGCUGGAUGUAAUGAAGAUUGACUUCAUGGUGAGUGGAGAAAUUAUAAUCAUGGCAGGAAAUUACAACGGACAUUGUUUCGUUGACGUGUCUUUUUGACUUGUAGAUUUACGAAAAAUAAUCUCCUUGGAGCAAGUUGAUAGGGCUAAGCAAUGUAGAACUAAAUUUUUACCCUUUUCUGGAAUGAACGUUGGAGUUUAUUGUCAUGUAACUGUAGCUUCCUUGUUAGGAGUAUAUAGUUUACUUCACUCAACAGCUUUUAUUUUGAAAUUUUGUGAGUUGCAGAUUCAAUUUCCCAGUUCGUGUCUGUUGAACUGUUUUUCUAACGUUUCAGGUGUCUAGAGAGGAAAAUGCGUGAGAAAAUGAGGACAGUGGAAAGGUAACCAUAUCGCGACUUGAUGUACAGCUAAAGAGCGCCUGAGAGCAAAUGUACAGUAUCUGUAGCUUGCUCCCAAGACUUGGGUUUUACUUGAGUCGACCUUUGCAGCCAUCUUUUACAUUGACAUCCUCUUUUCUUUCAUUUUUCGGUGUUUAUUUUGGCAUUUCACUAUAUUUUGUAUUCAAUCUUGAUUUUACAGUGAUUGCUUGUGAUGUUGGCGAGGCCCUUUUUUUCGUUCUUUCCUUGUAAGAGGGGGGAAAUUUUGAAAUCUUUUUCUUUCUUUUUGCUCCUUUCUGUGUGCCUUUUUAAAUGCGGGAGGACUAGACGAGAAAUUUAUUGCGUGGGUGUGGAUUUUUUUGUGUAAGUUGGAAAGUUAAAAUUUAUUAUUAUGAAUAAGGUUUUACUAA